AUGGGCGAGGUAGUGACCAAAUUAAAUAUUGCCAGCAUUUUAAAAUCUGUUGUAGAAGAGAUAAAGCCCGAUAACAUAAUUAGUGGCUUCAAAGCCAGUGGCUUGUACCCUUUUAAUAAUAAUUCUAUAAAUUACACCAAAUGUCUAGCAACAAAUAAUAAGGGAGAAAAGUCCAAAGAAGAAAAUAAAAUGAUGUCUCUUAAAGACUUUGAAGGUAUUAUAGGAGAGGAAAUAAUUAGCAAAAUGAAAGUUCUACAAUCUCAGGGAGUAAAUGUUAAUUCUCCUACCUUUUACAAGCUUUGUGGAACAGAUGUGGUCAUACAACAGCCUCCAACUGCAAGUAGCAAAGCCGUGAAAUUAGACGUUCUGGCAAAAUUCAUUGGUUGUUACAUGGUGAAGAAAAUGAGAUCAAAGUAG